GGGUUUGAGUUGCCUUUCUUUUGCUGUAUCAUACCAGGCAACACCCUUUAAACUGUCGAGUAAUUGCACGGCUGCUGAGCGAGGACAGGUCCAUUAAACUCGAGUUUGUGCAGGAAGGAUUAAAAUUUGGUGCCAUGUUCUCAUCCUCCAUGCCUCCAUAUCUUCAAAAAUAUUCCAGAAUAUUAGUUUGGAGCCAUUGCUGAACCCACUAGAUAUCAUGGCCGAACAGAGGGUGCACGACUUGGGGGCAAGGCAUGAGCAUAUCGAUGAAGUGAAGUCAUCGGUGUCUGCGAGCAAGAAAUGGAACCUCCGGGGGGGCAGACCGACUCACCCGAAUUUGCUCUCGAAGCGAGAGAUGGACUCCCUUACAGCAGCCUGCGACGCUUUCCUUCCUUCCGUUGAUGUGUCCGACACUGGCGACGAAGGCCUCAUCGCGUUCUAUGGCACCUCGGCGUCCAUGGCUGGAACCCCCGAACGCAUUGGAGGCCUAUUGUCCGGAGGAAUGCAGCAUCCAGCGAUCGGAUUGCUUCGACUGGCUCUGUGGCUGUUAUCAACAUGGUAUGGAACUUUCAUUUUGUGCGGGAGAGCAAGCUUAUCAAAUCAAUUUCCCUACCUUCAGAAGUUCCCCCAGGUGAGGAGGGAAAAGCAAGAAGAGAUCCUGCUGUCAUGGUCCCGGAGUUCACUCCGCCCCCUCAAGAUGCUCUACAAGUGCCUCAAGUACCUCACGAUGAAAGAAUACUUCAGUCAGAUCAAUGAUAAAGAGACGAACCCAUCUUGGGACGCGCUGGGCUAUUGCGGACCGGACCCAGAGUUGGCUGACCAGAGCCAACACUUCCGGACACCACCGCUCGAAGAAGACUCGGUCAGCCAAGAGGCGGACUCUUGUCCGGGUCCACUCGACUCCGCCCUCCUCUACAUGGACAGUCCAAGAGACGUCAUCACACGCAAGCUCCAGAUUGCCGGCUUCCCCACCCCCACCAGCGGCACCAAUUCUCCAUCAUCCCCCCUCACUCUCCACUGCGACGUUGUCGUUGUUGGAUCAGGAUCGGGCGGCAGCGUGGUUGCUGGCGUCCUUGCCAAGGCCGGUCACAGAGUCAUCGUCGUCGAAAAGGGUCACUACUACCACCGUUCGGAACUCUCCCUCCUCGAGGGCCCAACAAUCGCCGAGAUGUACGAGGGCGGGGGGAUCAUCUCCACCGACGACAUCGGUGUCAUCCUACUCGCCGGGUCCACGGUCGGUGGAGGCUCCACCGUCAACUGGUCAGCCUGCAUCCGAACCCCGGACCACGUGAGGAACGAGUGGUGCAACAAGCUCGGCCUGAGGCUCUUCGGCAGCGAGGCCUACGACCACGCCCUCGACGUGGUCUGCGGCCACAUGGGGGUCCAGUCGGACGUCGAAGAAGAAGGCUUCAACAACGCUAUUCUUCGCAAAGGCUGCGUCGAGCUUGGCUAUCCGGUGAGCAAUGUACCACGCAAUGCCCCGCCGGACCACUGUUGCGGGUGGUGCCACUUGGGGUGCAAGAGCGCAAGAAAGAAGAGCACCCAAGAGACAUGGCUCGUCGAUCUGGCCGGCUCCGGGAACGGGCUAAUCCUCCCGAGGUGCAAGGCUUUGAAGGUUCUGCACCGGAAGAAGAAGAAAGGCGUGGAUCGAAGCACAGCAAAUGGAGUCAUCGUGCGGUUCGGCAGCAGGGAAGAUUUCAUCAUAGAGUCGAAGGUGACUGUGGUCGCAUGCGGCGCGCUCAACACGCCGGGCUUGCUUAAGAGAAGCGGGCUAAGGAAUGCCAACGUCGGGAAGAACCUCCACCUCCAUCCUGCGGUGCUUGCGUGGGGCUACUUCCCCCCAGCGAGGUGGCCAGAGGAGCCCAAGAAGAGCUACGAGGGUGGGAUACUGACGGCCAUGUCAACAGCCCUUGCUAGCUAUGACAUCUUGCUGGAGACGCCGGCACUGCACCCGGGCAUGUUUGCAGUGGCGACGCCAUGGAUAUCCGCAGCCGACUUCAGAGAGAGGAUGACGCGGUUCUCGCGGACGGCUCACGUAUUCGCUCUUGUGAGGGAUAAAGGGUCGGGCACGACGGACUACCCACAUUCGUUGACGUAUGGCAUGGACGCCGAGGACGAGGAGAAGUUGAAGAAAGGGGUGGAGGCGAUGGUGAGGAUACUGGCGGCGGCUGGAGCGGAGGAGGUGGGGACGCUGCACUGCAAAGGGGAGAGGGUGAGGGUCGGGGAGGAAGGAGGGGUGGAGUGGUUGGUGAAAGAGGUGAGGCGGAGGGGGCUGAGGGACGGUGGGACGCCGGUGAGCACGGCGCACCAGAUGGGGAGCUGCAGGAUGGGGACGGACGCGAGGACCGGCGCGGUGAGCCCGACCGGGGAGGUGUGGGAGGUGGAGGGUCUCUUUGUUGCAGAUACCAGCGUGUUCCCCACAGCGCUCGGGGUAAACCCCAUGGUCACGGCCCAGGCUAUCGCUUAUUGCACCGCUCAGUCUAUACUCGAAUUCCUUGAGCAGGAGAGGAAGCUAUAGGUUUGGUUUCCCUUACUCUUGCAGACGGGAAAGGGUUCUGGGUCGAUGAUUUGAUAUGGAGGUUAAAAGGGAUGUAUGAGGUCGGUCAAUUAGCAUUAGCAUAAUCACUUUUUGCCGAUGCUUUCGUACAUAAAAAAAACCAUGGACAUAAUGAUCGUGAGAGCAUCCUUUCGCAAUAUAAUAUGUAUUACGGGAAUUACUCAUUACUGUACUACUUCAUGUUCCUCCAAAAAAGUUCCAUCAGCGAGAUCGUGGAAUAGGAAGCGCCCGUCUGCAAAGAAGAACAAAGAAAAGGAAUAGAAUAUGUAGAAAAAAGAGAGAAGAGAAAGUGGAGAGCUUGUUGCUUUACAGUCACACAUGGAGCUUUGAGUCUGUUUUUUCUUUUGUUUAUGGAUGAAGAGUUCGUGACCCUUCAAAAUUGUUCCCUCAAAUUUAGAAUUUGACGGAGAGCUAAUUUCUAAUUAA